GAGUUCGAAUCACAGUACAAACCUACUAGUUCCCACCACUUCCCCUCCAUCUCCCCUUCUUUUGCGCUUCCGCCUUCUGCUGGAUUCCUGCUUCCAGAGUUCAAGGUGAUCUUCAAUUUCUUCAUCUUCUUCGUUUUCCUGCAAAAGUUUCGACUUUUUUUCUUCAAAAAUUCGUUUCGUUAAAAAUAAUUUUCUGCGCUUAAUUAAUUAAACCUGAAUUUUUAAACCUAAAACCAUCGCAAAUCACUUCUAUUUCCCCUUUUGAUUUCCCAAUAUCGUAAUUUUCGGCAGCAUUCCUACGCCAAAACCCUAACCUCCAAUUUUCUCUCUCCUCUACGGUACUGCAGAUAUGGCGGAAUCAUCAAGCAGUGGGCUAACCUUCAAGCUUCAUCCUUUGGUAAUUCUCAACAUCUCCGAUCAUUUUACCCGUGUCAGGUCUCAAUUACAGCAUCCAACACUCUCCAAUGGCGGCGAACCGUGUCCCCCGCCAAGGGUUUACGGCUGUGUGAUUGGUGUUCAGAAGGGAAGAACUGUUGAGAUCUUCAACAGCUUUGAACUUCUCUAUGAUUCUGCGACCGACUCUCUUGACCGCGCCUUUCUCGAGAAGAAGCAGGAGCUUUAUAAGAAGGUUUUCCCAAACUUUUAUAUACUAGGGUGGUAUUCAACCGGGACUGAUGCUCAAGAAUCUGAUAUGCAGAUACAUAAAGCUCUGAUGGAUAUCAACGAGAGUCCUAUUUAUGUCCUACUCCAUCCUUCCAUUAAUCAUGCACAAAAGGAUCUUCCAGUCAGCAUCUUCGAAAAUGAACUGCAUGUUAUUGAUGGUCUUCCACAACUAACCUUUGUUCGUUCGAGCUACACCAUUGAGACAGUUGAAGCGGAAAGGAUCUCAGUUGACCAUGUUGCACAUCUUAAACCAGCUGAUGGUGGUUCUGCUGCCACCCAAUUGGCUGCUCAUUUGACUGGUAUUCACAGUGCAAUAAAGAUGUUGAAUAGUCGAGUGAAAGUGCUGCUCCAAUAUCUUUCUUCUAUGCAGAAAGGUGAAAUUCCUUGCGAGAAUUCACUGUUGAGAGAAGUUUCAAGUCUUCUGCGGAGAUUACCAGCUAUUGAAUCUGGGAAAUUUCAAGAUGAUUUUCUGAUGGAAUACAACGACACCAUUCUGGUUACCUAUCUUGCCAUGUUGACUAACUGCUCAAGUACGAUGAGCGAGCUUGUCGACAAAAUCAACAUUGCAUACGACAGGCACAGUAGAAGGGGAGGACGGACUGCUUUUAUAUGAGCCUAUCAGCACCAUUAACCACAACCAUCUUUCCAGUUGGAGCCGAGUUUUUGAUUCUGAAGCUGAUUUUCUGGAUCAGGAAUUUUGGUAUCUUUGAUUAAAGAAAAAUGCGGCAAAUCAAAAGUAGAUUGUUAGAGAAGUUAGUAACUUAUUGCCUUUUGUUACAGGGUACUUCAGCAGUACAUUCUCUUGUGAUUUUUCGGUCUCCAUUUCAGUAAAGGUGGUUUCCUGAGUUCAUCAUUGUGUGACUGUGUCUAUGAUUUUGAUUUACUGUGGUGGGGAGGGCAAGUUAUUGGAUAUUUUGUGAAUAUUAUGGUGGAAUAUUAUGAUGGAAACGGAUCAAGGAAAAUUGGUGUGACUUCUCAUA